AUGGCUAUUGCAGUCCUACCAACCUCUUUAACACCAGAUGUCCUUCAUGAUAACCAUUCAUAUGAUGUCCCAACUGAUAUCUAUGAAGACCAUGUUGCUCCAUUAUUAAAAGAAUUAAACAAAUUUGGUAUUGAUGAUCCUUCCUCAAUUCAAUUUGAUCCUUCAAAACAUUUAUUAUUCACUGAUGAUUAUUAUGAAAAGACCAAAAGAUUAACUUUGGAAGAAUUAGGUGUCACUGAAACUCAUCAACCUCCAAUUUCCAAAAUUGGUGUUAGUGAAGCCUUCCCAUUAUUUACUGAUGAAACCAUAGCUAUCAUGAGAUGGGAAAUGUUCCAAAAAGAAUGUUUUUCCAAAUGUGGUCGUAUUGCCAACCAUUCAAACACUGGUGAUGUUGAUAUGUACUUGAGAGGCUUUGCUAAAGAAUAUGCUCCAUUCACUUUCCAAGCUUGGACACACCCAAAAGUUAUGGAAAUCUUGAGUACUAUGGCUGGUGUUGAAUUAGAACAUAUGUUUGAUUAUGAAAUUGGUCACUCUAACGUUAGCAUCAGACAACCAGCAAGUAAGAUCUUGGAUACUUCAGCUAAAUAUGAAAACCCAGAUGAUAUUCCAGCUAUUGUUUCAUGGCAUUAUGAUUCACCACAAUUUGUCUGUGUUUUGAUGAUGAGUGAAACUGAUAAAAUGAUUGGUGGUGAAACUUCAUUAUUAACUGGUGAUGGUACUGUUGCUAAAGUUGAAAACCCAAAGAAAGGUUGGGUUAAUGUUUUGCAAGGUAGAAUCUUGAGACAUGUUGCUCCAAAACCAAAAGGUGAUUAUACUGAAAGAAUCACACAAGUUUGCAGUUUCAGACCAAGAGAUCCAUUAUUAGAUAACUGUGUUUUAACAACCAUCAAGCCAGCAACUUUAUCAGGUUCCCGUUAUAAUGAAUUUUACAAACAAUGGAUGAACUAUAGAUUGGAUACUUUAACUCAAAGAAUCAACAUCUUGAAGAACAAAAUCAACACAGAAAUUGACAAGGGUGAAUUAUUCAACCAAAUUGAAACAAUCAACUUCAUUCAAGACAAAAUUGUUGAAUAUGCUGAACACACAUGGCAAGAAUUUGAAGUUGUUGAUGAUGGUAUUGUUCAAAAACCAGCCUCAUUCAAAGUCACUCAAUCUAGAUGGGAUUAA